AUGGAGUCUCCAAGUACUCGCGAAACCCUUGCAAAGCUCGAGAACCCGUCAACCUCUCAAUCAGAGAAACCGUCCGGCUACAAUGAUCUCCUACGCCAGAUCACCUCCAGCUCAGAUCCCUCCCAAGUGCCACCGAACCUUAUAGCGUUCAUCGACUCGAUACUAAAGGAUUCUUUGGGCAUUAUAGCGGCGAGACCGUUACUAGCAUCAGCCGUUGAGGCCAUCGGCUCAAUCAAGAGUACAGAGUCCAAGAUUGAGGUCGGGACCCACGCUUUACAGAUUUUGGAGUCAAGGGUUGUUUCAUUUGAGGAGCAAGAUGCUAUGAUACGGGAGAUCACGGCAGAUGCCUAUCAAGAGCAGGAAGACUUUAUUGACGCCGCGAAGAUGCUACAAGGCAUACAACUAGAAUCAUCACAACGUAAGAUCUCAGACGAUGCAAAAGUCAAGACCUGGAUGCGGAUCUGCCGACUUUACAUCGAAGAGGAUGACACUACGAGCGCUGAAAGCUACCUGAACCGGGCAAAGAAUCUACUCUACAAAGUGGAGGACCCAGAACUCAACCUCAUGUUUCAUCUCUCUCAGGCUCGAAUACUUGAUGCUCGGCGAAAGUUUCUCGACGCCAGCUCAGCAUACCAUAGCGUCAGCUUCAACAUGACACUCGCCGAAGAAGAACGCAUGCAUGCUCUUUCUGCAGCUAUCAAAUGCGCUGUGUUAGCACCCGCAGGCCCACAACGAUCACGUACUCUCGCAAAGCUAUACAAAGACGAGAGAGCACCUCAUGUCGCUGAAUUUGGCAUUCUAGAGAAGAUGUUCUUGGAUCGUCUACUCUCGGUAGAGGAAGUCGACAAAUUCGCAGACAGCCUUGCCCCUCAUCAGCUUGCAAGGACGAGUGAUGGGUCUACGGUCCUUCGAAAGGCUGUUAUAGAACACAAUCUUCUGAGCACUUCCAGACUGUACAACAACAUCGGGGUCAACGAACUUGGCUUACUGCUAGAUCUUGAUGUUGAGCGAAGUGAAGAAUAUGCGGCUGGCAUGAUGGAACAGGGACGCUUGACAGGCAGGAUAGAUCAGAUUGACGGGAUGAUCUUCUUCGACGGUGGUGAAGGUAGUGAGGAGAGGACAAAUGGAGGGCAGGCUGGUAACGUGGUUGGUCGUGACCUUAGGAAAUGGGAUGCCAAGGUGCAAGGUGUUGCAGAAGAGGUUGAGCGCGUUGCUUCUACGUUGCAAGCUCUGUAUCCGGAUUUCUCGAGUGCCAAUUUGGUCCAUUAG